AUGUGCUGGACUUUGAUUGUGGAAGUGUCCUUCUCCGUCUGCUGUGAGUUGAACCAGCACAGAGGUAGGUCAGCAAACUCAAUGAAAAUCAUGUUUUUUCACAUUACUGCGCAAGAUCUAUACUAAAUAACUAAACUGACUAAUUUAAAAGAAGUUAAAAGCUUUUAAUUUGAAGGUACAGAUGUUUUAUUUCUGAGAAAGAACGACUCUGAUUUGAAAACUCCAUUCAUGUGACUGCUGGAUAGCUUGACAAACUACCCAGACAAAGACGUGUUAUCAAUGCUAACAGUUACGAUCGCUAAUAAUCAGUAAGUUUAUCAAACUCAGGUCAGAGUUGAAGUUAACUCAGAACCAUUUUAACUCCGGUUUUAAGUGAAACUGUUCAAGUUCACCUAGAGAGGUGGGACAUGUCUCUAUGGUCAGACAUGAUUUAUAUUAACACACACUGUUUUUUUUUAUCAUACUACACUAUGACAUUUUUUUAUACUAAAAUUUGAGGUUUUUUUUUAUCACAAUAUACUCUAAAAUUUUAUAACAUUCUAUACUAUGACAUUUUUUCAUAAAAAAAAAUUAUAUUUUUGUCGCAGAAUACCAUGACCUAUUUUUUUAUCAUACAAUACUAGGGCUUUUUGUCAUUCUAAAACUUUUUUAUCAAACUAUACUAUGACUUUUUCCAUACAAAAAAAUUAAAAUGUCAUCAUAGUAUACUAUGACAUUUUUUAUCAUACUAUACAUAAUAUUUUUAUCAUACUAAACUAUAUUUUUUUAACUAAAAUUGGAAAUUGUAAUCAUAUUAUACUAUAAACUUUUUUAACAUACUAUACUAUGACAUUUUAUUAUACAAAAUUUUCAUAUUUUUGUCAAAGUAACUUGUCAAAGUUUUUUAUCAUAUAUGUUUUUACCAUACAAUACUCUGAAUUUUUUAAUACUUAAUUUUUUAAUUUGAAACUUUUUAUCAUACUGUACAGUGAUGUUUUUUCUUCAUACUAAAAUGUCAAAUUUUUAUCAUAUUAUACUUUGACUUUUUUCAUACAAAAAUUUGACAUUUUUAUCAUGACUUCUUUUGAACUAAAAUUUGAAGUUCUUUAUCCAAGUAUACUGACAUUUUUUAUCAUACCAGACUACGAUAUUUUAUCAUACUAUACUAUAAAAUUUUUUAUCAUACUUUUCUAUGAUUUUUUUUUUCAAACACUACUAUGGUUUUUUUUCCCAUACUAAAAUUUUACUAUUUUUUUUACUAUACUAUGACUUUUUUUACUAAAAUUUUGUAAUACUAAAAUUUGACAUCUUUAUCAUAGUAUACAUAAUAUUUUUGUCAUAUCAAAAAUUUCAUACCAUACUAUGACAUUUUUUUAAAAUUACUUUACUUUAAAAAAUUACUUUACUAUCAAAAACCAUCAAACUUUUUGGAAAUUUAGAGUUGUUUCAAAGAGUUGAACUUUUAAAAUCCUUUCAGGAGUCAGAGAUGUGUCUCCUAAAGGAUGGAUCCUCCACAACUCAGCGAGGAUCCCUCAGCACUUUGGUUUUCCUUCUGGUCCUCACAUGUACCUGUGCAGGUAAAGACCCACUUCUUUCAAAAAGAUCCCAGAAGUUCAAACCAGUAAAGUCCAGUCUUCCAAAAUUGUUUCUCCUGGUAGUUCUGGAGUCCCACAGGGCUCGGUUCCAGGACCUUCUUCUAAUCAGUCCACCUUCUUUCAGAUCAGUCUCUGCUGACUCCCUCACAGCCAGUUGUAGCUUCAGUUGGUGAAGACAUCAUCUUACCGUGCCACCUGGACCCUGCUGUAGAUGCCUCAGACCUGACUGUAGAGUGGAGGAGACCUGACCUCAAUCCCAGAUUUGUCUACGUUUGGCGUGACGGAGUGGAACUAGGGUCCAAAAAACACGGGUCCUACAUCGAGAGAACUUCAGUGUCCAUCAGAAACCUGAAACAUGGAGAUGUUUCUCUGAAACUACAGGGAGUCCGGCUCUUUGAUGAGGGGACAUAUGGAUGCUUCAUCCCGACGCUGAACCGUGAAGUUCCUGUAAAACUUCUGGUUGGUGAGUCCAGAACCUUAGAGAACCGGAUCUUCAACAGAACCUGUUUGUUUAUACUCUUUCACAGAUUUGUUUCUAGAAGAGUUGUAAAAUUCCAAAUAUGGUAACUAAUUUAAACUUGAUGACAUUAUCUUCUUCUGUCCAGGUGUGGUCUCAUCUUUGGUCAUCAGCUCCAGGAGGACUGAGGAUGAUGAGGUGGUUCUACAGUGUGAGUCUGAAGGCUGGUAUCCAGAACCUGAGGUUCUGUGGCUGGACUCUGUUGGAAACCUCCUCUCUGAUGGACCUACCGAGACGAUCCGAGGUCCUGAUGGUCUCUACAACGUCAGCAGUAAAGUGACCGUGGAGAAGAGAGACAGAAACAUCUUCACCUGUAGAGUCCAGCAGAAGAACCUCAACCUGACCAAAGAGACCCAUGUCCAUGUUCCAGGUACCAGCAGAUGUCUUGGUUUUUUCAGCAGAAGUCAUUUUUCAACAUUCAUCACUUUUCUUCUUCCACAGAUGACGUCUUCACCGCUCAAUGUUCUUCUCCAACUCCCAUCAUCCUCAGCCUGGUUGCAGUACUUUUUGCAGUAGUCGUAGUUGUGUUGUACUGCAGACGUAAAAAAAUGCGUAAGUAUGUCAUUUUGAAGUAGAUUAUACUCCUCUACUUCUCAGUUUAACAUCUUUAUUUUCUCACUUUCCUCCAGGUAACGUUAGUCCGAGAACAAAGAAGAGGUCAGCUUCAAGUAACGACGUAGAACUUCACCCGCUGAAAAAAAAGAUGACAAAAAAGAGCUCAAAGGUCCAGACUGUAGAUGAGAAGAAAGCCCAACUUGAGGUGGACUUAAAAGAAGUACAGGACGAACUCAAAGACGUGUUAGAAACCGUCAAUUUGUUAAUGUUUAACAAUAAGGAACUGGAAGACCAGAGAAAUCAACUCAGUAAAGACCUUGAUGUUGUGGAAAGUCCGUCAGGGAAAGACGAGAUUCUGCGUCUAACACUGAAAGGUGUUUUUAGACAAAAAGUAGAAGCUUACAUCAAAUAUUUGCAGGACAAUCCGAAGGAACUUGAUCCAGAAACAGCAAAAAAACAGCUUGAGACUAAACUGAAGAACACAGAGUCAGUUCUGGAGUCAAUUUCGUCAAAGGUUUCCAAAUUAACAGAGAGGAAAGAGAAGCUGAAUGUUCAGGAGGAAAACAUUGUUAGACAACUCGAGGAGAUAAACGGGCAGACAAAACAUAAAGCAGAAUCUAACUAUUUAGAAUUUCAAGUCAAAGAACAAGGUUGUAAAAACUUAGAGCCGCAGAUUCAACAGUCUCACCAGGAUUCCGGCCCCGUUUGUACAUACCCGGUUAUUUUUUAA